UAGCUUGAAUGUAUUCAUAGCUUAAAAAGCAAUUAAAUUUUGUCAUGUGCCUAAUUUGGUUAUUUAGCUCUUUAUACGACAAGUGAUUGCUUUGUGUAUAACGAAUAUAAACGGUUGUGUAGAUUGCGAAAUGUUGUUAGUCAUUAUUUAGCAAAUAACCUGUUGCGAGUUAAAGGUAAAAGCAUGGCUGUAAAUUGCGUGUUCUCAUUCACCUGAAGAUGUUUUUCGUGUUUCACUUUAAGCAGUAUGCAAACACCUGAUGAUAUUUAUCAAAUUUAUCUGGUUGGGGCUUCAUUGGUAUGUUUGAGAAGUUGAUGAAUUUUAAUCACAUCGAGUGUCACGCAGAAGCUGUGAAUUCUAGGUCACCAGUUGCUGUUAAUAGCUCUUCGUGUUUAAUUCAAUGUUAACAAUGGGAUGCUGGAAGUCAUUCUCAUGGCUUAUUAAAGAUUUUAUAAUCAAAUCUCAACAAAGGGUGCUUUGACCUGAACUACUUUGCUGCAGAGUCUGGCUAAACGCUUUUGAAGAAUAUUUACGAAAAAAGAACAUUAUUUAUGCCACGAAAGUUAAUUGCAUGUGAUGAAAUUAAGGAAAGUUAAUUAAGAAUACAUGCUGAAAAUCAAUAUAGAAUCUGUUUUAUUGGCGGUAAUGGGUGGAAGAAUCGUGCAAACUCUGGUGGCUCUCUUUAUAAUCAGUGGCGUAUCACCUGCAUUGAAUUCAACAAGGAUAUCCGAAAUAUUGCAGUCUUACAAGAAACAAAAACUUAAUUUGGCUCCAAGAAACAGAGGAGAAGCUGUUAAUGUCAAAGUGGCAACUCAUAUUUUGAACAUGGUUCCUCUAAACUUUAUCAAUGAACAUAUAUAUAUAGAGGUGGACGUCAUUAUGAAAUGGCUGGAUAGAAGGCUAAUGUUUAGUAACACAACAGACGAUGAUGUUAUAGCAUUACAAGGAGACGCUACCAAAUUCUUUUGGAGACCAGACAUAUUUUUUGACGGAGAAAAGGGAGUUAAACAAGAUACAUUUCCAGGGCAGCAGACAUCAGCCUGGAUUUAUCCUGAUGGCCAUAUCAUCUACACAACUAGGGUCAGCAUUACAGUCUAUUGUCCAAUGGAUUUCAAAAUGUUCCCAUUCGACAAGCAAAUCUGCUCCCUGCGAAUUGAGUCUUGGUCUUUUAACAUGGAUAGCGUCACACUUGAAUACUUCAACUCGACAGACAAUUCAGGUGUUUCACUCAGUGACUCUUUCCGCUUGGCAAAAUUUCUGCUAGAAAGAAUCGAAGCUCUAAAGUUUAGCAUGGACUAUGGAAUCAGUGGAAUAUUCGACCAACUUAAAGUGGUUUUCUACUUGAAGAGAGACAUUCGGUUUUACUUAAUGGAGUAUUACUUUCCAAUCAUUUGCUUGGUGUUCUUAAGCUUCGUAUCGUUUUGGAUACAUUUCAAAGCUACUCCUGCAAGAGUCGCACUGCCAGUGACUACAUUCUUAACCUUGACUAAAAUGGUGGCUCACGUUAGAGUAAAUAUGGAUAUCUAUGGAACAGCGCAUGCCCUGGAGACAUUUCUGAACAUCUCUGUGCUUUUCGUCUUUGGUGUAAUUUUUCAGUUUGCCAUCGUUGGAGUUACCGCAAUUAGCUGGUCAAAGAAAAAGCAAAGAAGAAGAAUUGCUGUAAAUAACAUUGGCGUCGAGGCUGAUGGACAACCGGCCUCGCGUAAGAAAGGGAUUUUUGGCAUUCUUGACAAGACAAGAGAUUUCCUCGUCGCAAAGCAUCGAACCAUGGAAUAUGAAGUGCACCUGCUUGACAAAGUUUGCAGAUACCUGUUUCCACUGUUGUAUUUUGUGUUUGUUUUCAUGUAUGGAGCUGUUUCUUUUCUGCACUUAAGUCACUGAUGUCAUGAAAGUGGACUGCUUUCGUAAUGAUGAAUUUGGAAAGACACCAUUGAAAGGGCUAAAAGGAUUCGACAAUAAUGAAAAUUGGGAAUGAAAAAAACAAAAAGUUUUCAACUAACUAAGACGACUCUGUUAAUUCUGUUUGAGUUAUUUUAACACGUAUUUAAAACUCACAGCUAAUAUCUUUAGCUCUUUAGAAUAAAUAUCUUUCUUAUAGAAUCUUAUAGAAACAAGUUAUGCAAA